GAGGCCCAAAGUCACGCAGCUGGGAAAUGGCAGGGCCGAGAUGCCAAUGUGGGCUGUCCACACGCAGAGCCCCUGCUCUCACCCACUGGGCCAGAGUGCCUGGGCCCUGGGCUGAUAAUACCUCAAGUUUGGAGGCAUUUCUGGUUCACGGAAAUCCCUGGAAGAUCAUGGAGCUCGGUGCCCAAGAUCGAGUGGGGGCGUCAGUGGAGGUGGCCCUGCAUGUGGGGAGAAUGUGCUAGAGGGGCUGCUCUGCAUGGCCGUCUCUUAGUGAUUCUCCCAGCACUACACCCCAAAGAAGGAUUGCAGAGCUCAAACCCCGGGAACAAACCAGGCUGAGUGUCCCUGCAGACGUUGGUCAAGGAAAGUAAGCCAUGUGUGAGGCCAGUGGCUAAUGCCCUGUCACGCCAUGCCCGGGAAGACAUGGUAUAUAACGGUGUCUGCCUGUGGGGUGGGGGGGCACAAGUGCAGGCUGAGGAGAGGCAGGAAGAAGGCUGCCUUCUCUUCCUCGUCAAUCUGCUAGGUGGUGGUGGGACACUUAGCUAACCCGUUCACCCAAGCAGCAAUCUGCCAUGUGCCUUCUGGUGACCAACAGCAUGGGUGUGUUAGGAGGGUCUCUGUGGAGCACCUGGCUGUGACAGUAAUAAAAGGAUGGUAUGGCUGCGCCCUUGACCAUGGACACCCGUCCUGGACUUUGCUCAGUACUUAAAAGCACAAAUCUGUCUUGUUCAGGGCCCUCAAGGCCAAUGGACUCCGAGAACGAGCUCUGACCUUCUCUAGUCGGUAUGUCAGUGUGGGUCUGGGGCCCCAGGAGCUCGAGGACGAAAAGACAGUUCAUGGUUUGCACUGAAUGUUUGGCCUGUUACUUUAAAACCAUAUCUGAGUGUCAACUUUCCCAGUGAGAUGACUGUGUGUGGACCAGAAUGUUGGCAUGCUGACAGGUCAUUGUAUGGCCUGGCCCUAUAUUAUGUCCCUUGCUGGCUGUGUUGUGAUGUCACCCCCAAGUAACAUGAGCCCCUUUGUGAUGUCCUGAGCUGUAUUGUUGUCAAGGGGUGCUGCUGGCCAUGCUGCACUCAUGUGUACUUGAAGGAAGGACACGCCACCAGUGAGUACAUCUAGAGAUGAGGAAAGUCAUCUGACAGCCAGGGGCCUGGAUCGGGAUGUUGCAUUUUCCUCCAGAAACAAGGGCUCCCACAAUUGGCUCAGAGAGCUAUGCUCCUCCGGUAGACCCUUCACUCACCCUGACCCAGCUGGUGUCAGCUGGGCUCCUUGACUUCAGGCAGCUGCUUGAAGAAACUGCUUUCCAAGCUUUGACUGAAGAGCCUUUGUUCCAAAGGCCACACACAUCUGUAAUGCCCUGUCAGGGUGAAGGCAAUCUCCUCUCUCUGACCUUUCCUAAGAGGCUGUGGAAUGUCGUCAACAGCAAUCAGUUUGCAUCAGUUUGGUGGGACGAUGUUGGGCCUUGCAUAGGUAUCAAUGAGAAACUGUUUCAAAAGGAGAUUUUGGAGAGAGAUGGCUGGAACAAAUUGUUUGAAACAGACUGUAUGAAGAGUUUCAUCCGUCAGCUUCACCUCCAUGGGUUCAGCAAAAUGCAUCAUGAUAUUCACUCAUCCACCUGCCUUACCAAUUUUUUUCACCCACGGGAGACCUGUCUAUGUCCUGAGCCAGUUGCAAUCAACUCUUUUGUGACUUGGAGUUUCUUUUUCUCUUUAAAUUUUGAACCUCAUUUAUGGUUUGACUGCAGUCCCUUGUUUAAGAGAGACUGCCCUCACUUUCUCAUGAGGAUGAAGAGGAGAGUGGGCAUUAAAGCUGCACUGAGGCAGGUGGAGAGCAAACCUGAAGCCCUGGGAUUUCCACAGCACCCACAGCCACCAAGCCACGAGACGACCUCCCAGUCUCUAAUGAGGACAACCAGGAGACACCGAGCGACUGAGAACUUGACAACCCUACCUCCCUGA